AUGGCGGCGGCGGCGGCGGGGGCCGCGGCCUCGGGCCCCGGUUCGGGCCUGCAGCUGCCCACCUUCGCGACCGCCCGCGCGCUCGUGAAGCCCGGCUCGUGCCUGCGCGUGGGGCCGCACCGGCGUCACGUGGCGCUGGCCCCGCGCUUCCUGGGCCGCAAGCGGAGCGGCCUCCGCGAGCAGCUGGACGGGGAGCUGCUGCGCUACUCGGAGAGCCUGCGCGGCGUGCCCGUGGCCUACGACAACCUCAAGAUCGUGGGCGAGCUGGGCGACAUCUACGACGACCAGGGCCACGUGCACCUCGACAUCGAGGCCGACUUCGUUCUGUUCUGCCCCGAGAAGGGCCAGAAGCUCGUGGGUACGGUCAAUAAGGUGGCCCCCAGCCACCUGGGCUGCUUGGUGCACGGAUGUUUCAAUGCCUCCAUCCCCAAGCCGGAGCACAUGCCCAUGGAGCAGUGGCAGAGCCUGCAUUUCCACGUGGGAGAUGAGCUGGAGUUUGAAGUGUCCCGCCUAGACUCCGAUGCUGCGGGCGUCUUCUGCAUUAGAGGAAAGCUCAGUGUCAGCAGCUUGCCGCCUGCACUUUCCAAAGGGUCUGGGGACGUUGGCAAUGAGGCCGAGCCUGGAGCAGGGGCAGAGAAGCCAAAGAAGAGCAGAAAGAGCCUGAAGCAGCCCCCUGAGCACUGUGGUCCCACACCGGCUGCAGUGCCUUCAGAUGUGGCUGGGGCAGCAGAGACCAGCCCCCAGGCCCACGAGGCUGUGAACGGACUGUGUGAGGAGCGGAAGCACCACCGAGAAGAGCUGGAGCAGGACUCCCUGUGGCACGCCAGCGACUCAAGCGGCUACCAGAGCGACCACCAGAAGAAGAAAAGAAAGAGAAAAAAGCACAGCGAUGAGCCUGAGGGUCCGGAGGGCCCCCAAGAGCCGAGACCGAAAAAGAAGAAGAAAAAGGAAAAGGAGUGAGCCCUCUCCAGGCAGAGGGGAGGCCAGAGGAAUGGCCUGAGGACGCUCCCAUCGGUCUGGAAAGAGAAAGAAAUGGUUGCGCAUGAACAUUUUAAUGUUCCAGAGACUAAAAAACGACUCCCAGAAUCCAGGGUCGAGUUCCAGUCUCUUUGCCAAAGAUGUGGGUGCUGAGUAUCAUGUCUGGGCUGUUCCUGAGCCCGGGGUCUCUGAGGCAAGGAGGAUUGAAACCCACUUUGGGAGCUGUCAGUGUCCAAGGGAGAGGCACAGUUAGGGGAGGCUGACUUUCCCCAUUCCCUUUGAUCAGCAUGGCAGGGGACAAAAAGUAUGGCCAGUCUCCUCAAGGGCUACAUGGUGGUGGGCCGGCCAAAGAGUGGGUGUCCCUCCUUGUAAUCUUGAGGGAAUUUAACUUUACUCCCAUGAUUGCCCUCAUUUGGGGGCAAAUAAUAAUAAUGACAAUGGCUCCCCUUUCUAUAGUGCUUGUCGCAGUGUGCCAGGCAUGGUGCAAAGUGUAUUAGUUAUCUCCUGUGCCCGUCACAACAGCCCUGAGAGGGAGGGAGAAAACUGAGGCUCAGAGAAGCCAGGGUUCUUGUUCAGGGUCACCCAGAGUUCAAAUCCCAGGGCCUCUUGACUCCAGGCCCAGUACUCUAACCACUGUGCCUCCUAGCUGCCCUAGCUAUGGUCUUCAAGUUAGGCCUUGCAUUAAGAAAACUUGAUAGGUAGAUAGAAUAGGGUAAAACUAGAUUUCCUAAAGUAUUCUUCACUUUAUGGAAGGAUUGAUCAUAGGAUUAUUUUUCAUCAUGUCUUAUUUUAAAACAGGUUUUCAUUUAAAGAAGUUUAAUUUGUGUGCAGCUUUUCUGGAGGGGGGAGGAAUUUCUUGUGAAAGUUAAGGUAUGUGUAUAUUCUAAUUUUUAAAAAGUGCUUUGUUUUGGGGUAUAUAUAAAUAUGUGAAUAUAGCUUUAUAAAUCUCAGUAUUAGCAAAGUGCCUUUGAAAUUGUAUGUAUAAUAAAAAGAUAUUCUUUUAUUUAA